AUGGCUCCAGUGUCUCCAAAGGUCAUCGCGCCCUUUUGUCUCGGUGUGGCCAUGCACCUGGGCUUUUUCAUCCGCGGCGAAUGGCACCUGCGCGCCCCGACAAUCUUCCUAGCCCAUGCGCUCGUGUUUAUUCUGCUAUCAGCCAAACAGCUGGUCUCUGCGCUGCCAACUUGGCAUGGAGUUGCGCUACCUUUCCUGGACCGCGCAGCGAUCAAGCAGUAUUAUCAAAGGAUCACAACCCACGCCCUGGAACUCGAGAGUAUCAUCAGCGCGCAGAAAGCCAAGCCCAUAGUUAUGAACGAUCUACUAUAUCAGAUGACAUUUGACGUGCUCAAAGACAUUGGCUUUGGCCAGGCGAACAUGGAGAUCAAAGAUGGGGCUUCCGUCCUUGGGGGUUCCCUGAGUAUUCUUGGGCCUACCACUCCCUCGCCUUGGAUCCUGAGGAUGGCAUUUGCUCUCUUUCCAGGAGCCUGGAAUAUUCCGCACUGGUUCAAAUUUCUCGCGUUCACCCAGAGUAUCGUAGAGAAGAGGAUACAGAGCGAGCCAGAGUCGGUUGAUAUAGCUUCGUUCUUCAUCGAGGAUUCCCAACGCAAGGACGCAGACAAGAUCAGCCGUGAAGCUGUCGGCGGCGACUGUGGUGUUAUACUCCUCGCAGGAAGUACCUCCGGCCCGAGUCUCAUCCUUCUCUUUUACUGCCUCGCCCGCUGGCCCGAGCAUGCAGAGAAGAUUCGCCAAGAGCUGCGAAAUGUAGACUACAAUGACAUGACGGCUUUGUCUGCGCUGCCACAUCUCACAGCCACGAUCAAUGAGUCCAUGAGACUAUACCCCGCGGGGCCAACCUUUGGAUCUCGGAUAACCCCACCCGAUGGCCUCAACUGUGAAGGCGUAUAUAUACCCGGCGGCAUCAAAGUCGUUGCCCCACGCUACAGUCUCGGACGACUUGAAGAAGCCUAUGAGGCCCCGCACGAGUUUAUCCCUGAACGCUGGUACAGCAAGCCCGAACUUGUCAAAGACAAGAGAGCCUUCGCCCCGUUUUCCAUGGGUCGUAACAGCUGCGCUGGCAAGAAGGUAGCCAUGUCCGAGAUGAGGCUUACCGUUGCUAUACUUGUCUCCAAGUAUUCCAUUCGUUUUGCCCCAGGGACGUCUGAUGGGCUGCUUGUGGAAAAGAACAUGAGGGAUCAAUUGACGCCACUUCCGGGUGAAUUGAAAUUGGUUUUUGAGAAACUGUAA